GGGGCACGAGCAGAGGUCAGAGUCCCCACCCCCUCACCCAGAAUUGACGUGACAAGGCUUCACCCACCAAGCUCUUCCGACUCCCGCCUCCCUAGGACCGCACGCUCACACCCUUGGGUUUUUGACCAGCCAGCCAGCUCCUUUGUUCUGACCAGCACCUUGUCCAAACCCCAUUGGGCACGGCAAGCUGCAGGCUGCAUCACAAAGUACACACCCGCCGCCGUAGGAUCAAGGUCACGCCGCCGCGCUUUGCCCCCCCCCGCGGGACCCGCACACCCGCUGGAUACGGAGACCUAUCCUGGUCCCUCACCUCAUCCCUUCUGCUCGGUCGUGCACUCGAGGCUAAAGCCUCUGGUAGAGGCGACGAGUGGUCCGAGAUAAGUGAUGAUGCCAAUGCGCCAGCGUCCUCCUAAGCCCAGCGCUCUGCGCAAGGCUUCCGGGCACCGCGAAGCAACCGUCGACUCUGACGAAAGCCCUGUCAAAAAACAGUCGAUCAAUAGCAGUAGCGCCGGAAGGCAGGCGCUUGGUGGCCUGGAUGCAGAACUCGACCUCGACCUCGACCUGCAGGUCGAUUUGGCAGCGCUGCUGCAGAGGCAGGCUGCUGCCAGCGAGAGUCCCAUCUUAAAUCGACAUCCUGGCAUUCGGCACAGCGCAUCCAUGGGCAACUUGGACUUGUCUCCACAUUCAAAACAAAAUUUGGGCAGGCGCGACGGCAUGGAAGGCUUUUCGUCUGAUAGUGACGUCAUCAAUGAGCGUUUCGCGUCGAGCGACAGCGACGAGGACAAGGACGAAGACGAGGGCGAGGCAGACAGCUGGGUCGGAGGCUUGCCGAGGGAAGAGCUCGAGGCGAUGCUUGUCAAGGCAAACCGCGUGAUCAAAGAGAGGGAGAGGGAUCUGGGCUUGGCAGCUGCGAUCGGCAAAGCGCUGCUGGAAAAGAACCUCAGCCUUCGGUCCAGGCAUCAAGGCAUUUUGGCUGGCCAGAAAAACGAAAGCGAUGCUGGAGAGCUCAGCAACUCGCCUCCCACCACGGAUUCCGAGUACCGAGGUGCCGAUCAAACACCGCUUGCUUCUGGAUCUAACGCGAGCAUACACGGCUAUUUUGACCGUGCCGCCGAUCAGACCGUCAUCCUUUCCAGCCAGUCCACUGACAAUGUCGAGGCCAGGUCAGCGCCGCUCACACUCUUCCCGCCCAGUCCCAAGACAGACGGUGUCAUCCUCUCGCAGCCGGUCUCCCCGCUUGGAGUGCCCAUUGCCUCCAAGCAGAACAGGUCGAUGCCGCACUCGCAGAGCUCCUACAUGCAUCUGCAGGCCCUUUCAGCCGACACGGAGCGGCAACUGCACAUCCUGAGCGACGAGAACGAUGCCCUCGUCAGCCGUUUAGCCGAGCUGCAGGCCGAAGCCGAGGAGCAGAAGAGGGACGGUGGCCGGAAACUCCGGACGCUGGAUAAGGAGCUGCAGAGCCUCAAGGACGAGCUAGAGGCCGUCAUGCAGCGCAACGCAGAACUCGAAGAACAGCGCCACAGGCUCGGCAAUCACGGCGACACGGCCAACAGCAGAGGCUCUGCCAAGAAAUGGAGGCGCCGAGGCCCGCUCCCCGAUCAGCGGGCGUGGAACGACCUGGCCGGGCGAGCGAUCACGAGUCCCAACCGAGACGACUUUGCGCCGCGGCAGACGAGCAUGUCCGAUCUCUGUAAGGUCGCGGCCUCGCUCACGCCGACGCACUUGUCGCACCAAUACCGCAGCAUCCAGCAGCACCUCGACGCUGCGAGCGGGCAGCCGUCGCCCACGCGCUCUGUCUCUGUCCGUAGCGAACUGUCCGCUGUCCUGAGCGUCGCGGGAUCGAGCGGACAGGGCGACACGGAGCAUGCGCUCGUCUCGCAGCUCCUUGCCAAGAUCAAGGAGUUGGAGGAGGCAAACGCUGCCAUCGCCAAGGCCGGCUCCGAGAUGGAUGGCAAGCUCGGCAGGGCGAUCGAGGAGGGCGAACGCAUCCGCGACGCGUACGAGGCCGUCGAGACAGCUAGUGUUAUGUCUGGCGACGUUGGAAUUGAUGAGCGCGCCGCAGCAGGGAGCAGCGGCGACGCUGCCGCUACUGCUGCGUCCGUGCCUGCAGGCAAGAGGCGUGGCGCAGCACGGCCGCGCAUGCGCCGGGCGCCGGGCAACAGACACGUCAUCGAGACUCGUCGCACGGUCCAGGUGGCCAUGCGCAGUGAGCGCAGCUCGCAUGAACUUGCCAAGCUGACCCGGUCGUUCACCGAGACCAGCCUCGCUGCCAGCCGCACCAGCAGCAACGCGAGCGCCAGCGGCGGCGGCGGCGGCAGCAGCAGCAGCACCGGCUCGUCCCGCUCCGGCAAGGCGAGCGGCUACGGCCGUCGCCGCCGCGCGUCGAACCUCUCCAUCGGCAAGCCUAAGAUCCAUAUCACGCCGAGCAUGGAAGAUCUGCGCGAUGGCGGCCGGGAGGUGGGUGGAGGAGAUCAGCUUGGCGGCGGCGGCGCACCUCACCCUCGCAGGCUCAGCGACAACUUUUUGCAGCCGAGCUCAGCGCACAACAUCAUUCCGCAGCCGCCAACGUUUCAGCUUUCGCCGCCUUUUCGGCAACACGAGCAGCAAGGGCAGCAGCAGCAGCAGUCGAAACGCGAUCUGAUGGAUGAUUACGACCCAUCGCCUACGCCCUCGCCGAGUGGCUCCUCGCCUGCGCGCCGCUUCGCUGCGUUCGAUGGGCUAUCGCCGUCGUCGAGCAUGGGCGACAUUGAAAUGGGGGUCACCAGCUCGAUGACAUCGAUGGCGAGCAUCAGCCCUUCGCUGCUGGCGAAGCUUGAGGACCUGCAGCAGGUCCGUCAAUCGCUCGCAAGCGAAAUUGGCUCCGUCUACGGGCACGAGCACUCUGUCGAGCCUUCUUUUGACGACUUCGCCAAAUUUGUGCUGCCGACUGACGCCAGUCGUGCAACCGAACUGGCGGACCUGAUGCAGCAGGCAGAAGAGCUGACGCAGCAGCGGGAGGAGCAGGACACGCCGCCUGAGGUACAUGACGUCGCAUUGACCUCGACGCACCUCUCGGCGCUCACGCGGCGACGGCAUCGCACCAAGUCGGCACCGGCGGAGAGCGCGGACGAUGAUAACCACUCUGACAUUGCUGCUCUGCGUUUCCCGGAGCAACUGCAAGCUAGCGAUCUCGUCGCGUGGGGCCACGGUGCCGAAAGCUAUUUGCUCCACACCCUUACCCCCGAAGAUGACGGCAACUGGCGCGGGAACGAGGACCUGCUACCCGGUGGCACCUUCACGGGCCAGCACGCAAGCAGUGACGGUUACGAUCUUCUCGAUCGCGCUGCGUCGCUUCAGCCGGUGUUCUGGGCGGACGACGAGGACUUUGGCAAGCCGAUCACGCUGAAGCAGGCACAGCAGUACGGCCUCGCGCUGCCGCCGCCCAAACCGGGCAAGCGCGAUAUGCUCGCCGUGGCCGUUAAGCGCGCGCUCGGCAUCGCCCCACCGCCACUGCCGUCACAAGCGCCGAAAGGCUCACACCGCAGCGGCAAGGGCAAGGGAAAGGGAAAGGUACGCGACAACGGUGGCGGCAGUCUGAUGAGCUCUGCGCACCUCGCCAUCCAGUCGGCCGAGCAGCUGGAGGAGGAAGAGCAGCUGACGAGGCUCCUCCGUCGGCGCCGACUCGAUUUUGAGCGUGCGGUCGCAGCGACUGACCCGUAUGGCGGCUCGCUGAAAGCCAGGCACGCGCAUUUGAGCGAGGCAACGACCAAGGCGCUCGCAUUGACACCCUCCCGCCGUCGACGCGCUUUGCGUCAGUUGGAAGAGGAGCAGGCUGGACACAGCACCUGCGGCAGUCGCCACGCGAAGUGUUUGCAAUUGCCCGGCUCGCGGUCGCAACUGCAGCAGCGCGCCGGUGAGCAGUCGCUGGUGGCGGACACUCCACUGGGCGAGUCUCCUGAACGCAGAUUCGACAGCAUCAGGGAGCGCGGCUCGAGACACUAUUCCCUGGAUCUACAUCCUGCCGCUGUUAUAGCCGGUGAUGAUGAGCAAGGCGGCAGUGGAGAGGUGAAGGGAGAGGAGGAGGAUGACUUUGAAGUCGUCGAUCUCGAACCGUCGAAGCGCCGCCCUGGCAGGAGAGGUGCAGACUACUGGCCCGUCUCGACGCGGGCGAGGUACCGACCAAGCGUGGUCAAGACGCGCGUCGAAGUCGCCAGCGUUGAAGUGUUCGUCUGGCUGACGACGUGGAUCGCGUUCGCAAGCGUUCUGCUAUGUGCUUGCGCAUAUGCUUUCUCGCGAGGACCAAGGCGUAUCCUCGGCACGACUACGGGUGCAUCGAUCCAGCAACGGCCCAAUUGAGGCCAGGUAUUUGAGAUAUGUCCCUACACUCUCAGCUUACGAUUUUGAAACGAACCUCUUCACGCCCGCGAACCGCUUUCACGACAUAGCAAAGCUGAUUCCAAUGAGGAGCUCAGCUAUCUCAUCCAUAGCUUCUCCUCAUCAUCACCCGCAUCGUCAUCGUCCUCAUCAUCAUA